AUGCCAUCUGAGGUUGAAAAUCUGGUUGAGAAAGAUGAUAAAGAGAUUGAGGUUAUUGGAGAGUCCAAGAAUGCUACAGAGAAGGAAGCAGAGAUAACCCAAAAAGUUGUCCCCAUGCCUAGACUUCCACCUCCAUUCCCACAGAGGUUGGUGAAGAAGAAUGAAGAAGGAAAGUACCGCAGGUUUAUCUCUAUGUUGAAACAACUUUUCAUCAAUGUUCCGUUGAUAGAAGCUCUGGAGCAAAUGCCUGGGUAUGCAAAGUUCAUAAAGGAUUUGGUGACUAAGAAGAGGGCCGUCAGUUUUGAAGAUGAUGAUAGAUUGCAACAUUUUGGUGCUAUUACUACAAGGUCACUUGUGCUGAAGAAAGAGGAUCCUGGAGCCUUCACUAUCCCUUGUACCAUCGGGUUGUUACAUUUUGCGAAGGCAUUAUGGGAUUUGGGUGCGAGAAUCAAUCUGAUGCCAUUGUCGAUUUACAAGAAGUUGGGUUUAGGGACUCCAAAAGUGACUGCUAUGCGAGUACUCAUGGCCGAUAGAACUGUGAAGAAGCCCAUUGGUGUUCUCCAAGAUGUGCUUGUGAAAGUGGAGUCAUUUAUUUUUCCGGCAGAUUUUGUGAUACUUGACUGUGAGGUUGAUUUUGAGGUUCCCUUCAUUCUAGGGAGACCAUUCCUUCCUACUGGGCACGCUUUGGUUGAUAUGCAAAAGGGGCAGAUGAAGUUUCUAUUGAACAAUGAAGAGGUUACUUUCAAUAACUGUAGGUCUAUGAAGCAGGGUAGUGAGCUCAAAUGGGUAUUAGUGGUGAAUCAUAUGGUGGAGCAAGGUUCUGAGGUGUUUAUUAAAGAGAGAUUGAGUGUUGAUGCAUUGCCAGCGGUUAUGAUGAAUUUUGAGGGUGAUGGUAUUGAAGACUAUGAUGAAUUGGUCCCGCACUUGAUAGGUUUGAAUUCCAUUCCAAACCAAAGAAGCUUGAGUUAG